UCUCAAAAAUACCAAUAUGCUGUUUUAAAAAAACCUAUGGAGAGAUGUUCUAUGUUACUGGUAUAACAUGGAGGAAAACAUUCACAUCUCCUAUUGGAAUACUACCUGGGAAAUCUAUCUAUCUCUAGAUAAAUAGCAUCAGGGUGUUACCAAAACUGAUCAUUACAUCCAAACCCAAAGACAAGAGCAGUCAGAAUGGCCAACGCGAGUUUCCCAGCAUACUUCAUUCUUCUGGGCUUCUCCAAGUGGCCCCGGCUCGAAGUGGCUCUCUUCUGGAUUGUUGUGGUCUUCUACAUCAUGAUUGUCCUCAGCAACUCGACCAUCAUCGUGCUGUCACGUGUGGACUCCCACCUCCACACUCCCAUGUACUUCUUCCUCAGCAAUCUCUCCCUCCUGGAGCUCUGCUUCACCACAACCACUAUGCCCCAGAUGCUCUCCAACUUGUGGGGUCCUGACAAGCACAUCACCUACACAGGCUGCGUCAUCCAGCUCUGCGUGUUCCUCUGUGCUGGAGCCACGGAGUGCAUCCUGCUGGUGGUCAUGUCCUUCGACCGCUAUGUCGCCGUGUGCCAGCCCCUGCGCUAUCCCAUCAUCAUGCACUGGCCCCUCUGCUGGAAGCUGGCCCUCUCGGCCUGGCUGUCUGGACUGACAGAGUCUCUCAUCUUGUCUCCUGUCACGCUCCAGCUGCCCUUCUGCUCGCAUCACCGCCUGGAUGAUUUCCUGUGUGAGGUUCCCUCCCUCAUACGCCUGGCCUGUGGCGACACUUCCAGCAACGAGUGGCAACUGACCGUCUCUUCCAUCCUCUUCACCAUGGUGCCGGUGGGGCUCAUCCUGACUUCCUACGGCUACAUAGCCCGGGCCGUGGGGAGGAUGCAGUCAGAGGAAGGCAGGCAGAAGGCCGUUUCCACCUGCUCUGCCCACCUGCUCGUAGUCUUCAUGUUUUAUGGCACGGUGGCCAUGGUGUACACGGACCCCAAGACCGAGUUCGCUUCACAGAACGGCAAGUUUUUCACCUUCUUCUACACUGUCGUCACACCUUUGUUCAAUCCUCUCAUCUACACUCUGAGGAACAAAGACGUAAAGAGUGCUUUGCUAAGACAGCUCAGAAAGCGCAUCCGUCCAUAA